CAGCAUCUGUGGAAACAUUUGGUCUAGCAGAGAGCCCAUUAUGAGGUGUCUAGUGUUCCUGCUCUUGGUGGCUUUGGCCAGCGCUAGAGUCUAUCAGCGCUGUGAGUGGGCUCGAGUGCUGAAGAGUCAUGGGAUGGACGGCUACCGGGGCAUUAGCCUAGCCAACUGGGUUUGUCUGUCCAAGUGGGAGUCAGGCUACAACACCGCAGCCACCAACCACAACACUGAUGGAUCCACUGACUACGGCAUCUUCCAGAUCAACAGCCGCUGGUGGUGUAACAAUGGCCGCACCCAGUCUGCGAAUGGAUGCAACAUCAAUUGCAGUGCGCUUCUGAACGGCGAUGUCAGCGUGGCAAUCAACUGUGCCAAACGUGUCGUGAGGGAUCCCAACGGCAUCGGAGCCUGGGUGGCCUGGCGCGAUCACUGCAGGAACCGCGACCUGAGCUCCUAUGUAGCAGGAUGUGGUGUUUAAUCACACAGGAUGCUGUCAUCAACAUAAUCAAAUCCUCCCUUCAGCUGCAGUGGAUUGAAACAUUUCUACUGUUGUCUGAUCUGAGUCACUGAACCUACAGAUUAUUUUUUUCAAAUCAAGUGAAUUCAAAUCUUUACUAAUGAUCCAAGAGAAAUGUGGUGAUUUCAACUUGUAUCUGUUGCUACUCAUUUGCUCCUUCUAAAAGCAGAUUAAAAUGUUGAUUUCCACUAACCAGUUGUUCAAUUAACAUGAAUAUUAACACAAUGAAAAGGUAUUUAGGUUCAUUUUGGCCCAGAGCAAGGGCAAGUCCAACUGUAUUCAUCUUUUUGAGGCACGAGGACAUAAAAGUUUAAACUGAUCUGUGCAUGUUGCAGUAAAAAAGAAAAUAAACUCAAACAUUGGUCCUCAUGCCACGACCACUACUACUACUCAUGGAGAAUUGUCGCAUUCACCAAUUAGUUACGAGUCUCCCUUGAACUCCACUGCAUCAUGUUCAUCAUCAACCAGCAACAAUAAAAAAACAGCUGUGUGUGCA